CUCUCUUUGCAGUCCAGACAUCAUGCUUCCCCGAGUGGGUAAAGAGUUUGUGGUCCGAAUGCGGUUCAACUGGCGGCCUUUUUUUGAGGGCCGAACCCUCCUGUUAACAAACACCCUGAGCGGAGGAGUAAUAUUGGGGCUCGGAGACAUUGCGAUGCAAAGCUGGGAGAACUUUAAGAAGCCUGGUCGAGUCCGAGACUGGAAGAGGACAGGAUGCAUGUUUACGGUGGGCUGCUCCAUGGGUCCCAUGCUGCAUUACUGGUACAUCUUUCUGGACAGAGCGUUCGUGGGUAGAGCUCUGAAAACUGUUGGCAAGAAGGUUCUGGUGGACCAGCUGGUCGCCUCACCAUUCUUGGGGAUGUGGUAUUUCUUAGGUGAGGAAGAUUUUAAAGU